AUUGCUUUCAUUGGAUCUUCUUGGCCCAAACUAAUCCGUUGAAUCCAAUUCCACCUGCAUGUUUUCUGCUCUUUUAGUUUGGCUCGAGCGAAGAUGAAUUUAAAAUAUGAGGUCCUAGAAUGUAAAUUGGAUGCUCAUGAGUGGAUUUCGAGACAAGCUGGAGACUAUGAGAUAAAGUUAGCAUCACCAGGCAGAUUACCAGGCCUUGGAUCGUGAUUACCCAGACGUGUAUCUUGAAGAGGAGCUCGAGUAUAAUUACAG